GUCCAGAGCAAAGGAUCACUGAGCACAGAAGAUCUAGUCAACCAUGAAGAACCACAGCAACCAAAAAAACAGCAGAGAAGAAGAAAAUCACUCCAAAGAUGAAGGUUCUAUCUCAUCCCUCGAUUCAACAUUCAACCAAACGCUCCGAAAUGUUCAAGGGUUGCUCAAAGGGCGUAGCAUUCCUGGUAAAGUGUUACUGAGUCGGAGAUCAGACCCGCUAGAUCAGUCAAACAUCCAAGACCCCUCUCCAAAUUAUGAAAGGAGCUUCUCAUACAACGAAUCUGAAACAAGCGAUCGUAUGGCCAACGAACUGGAGGUAGAAGUGCAGAGUUCAAUCAAGCCAAACAAUAAUGAAAAUUCAAAUAGCCUAAAUUCAUCCACUUCCGAUACUGAGAAUACUUCCAAAGAAGCUCAGAAAUCCACCACGGGUGCUAGAUGUACUGAUUCUGCUAGAGUUGCAAAGUUCACAAAGGUUCUCUCAGGGACAACAGUCAUACUAGAGAAGUUGCGUGAGUUGUCUUGGAGUGGCAUACCACCAUAUAUGCGACCAGACGUAUGGAGGCUUCUUUUGGGAUAUGCACCACCUAAUUCAGAUAGAAGGGGGGGAGUUCUGAAAAGGAAGCGCCUCGAGUAUCUUGAUUGUGUUUCCCAGUACUAUGACAUUCCGGAUUCUGAGCGCUCAGAUGAUGAGAUAAACAUGCUUCGCCAGAUUGCUGUUGAUUGCCCAAGAACAGUGCCAGAUGUAUCCUUUUUUCAGCAAGAACAAGUCCAGAAAUCCUUGGAGCGGAUCCUUUACACAUGGGCCAUUAGACAUCCUGCAAGUGGAUAUGUUCAGGGAAUAAAUGAUCUGGCUACUCCCUUUCUAGUAGUUUUCUUGUCAGAAUACUUAGAAGGGAGUGUGGAUAAUUGGUCAAUCUCCGAUCUGUCUCCCGAUAAAAUAUCUUACGUUGAGGCUGAUUGCUAUUGGUGCCUAUCAAAGUUACUCGAUGGUAUGCAAGAUCAUUACACAUUUGCUCAGCCGGGAAUCCAGAGGCUAGUUUUUAAGCUAAAGGAAUUGGUCAGGCGGAUUGAUGAACCCGUAUCUACACACGUGGAGGAGCAAGGGCUAGAAUUUCUUCAAUUUGCUUUCCGCUGGUUCAACUGUCUUUUAAUACGGGAGAUUCCUUUUGAUCUCGUCACCCGCCUGUGGGAUACCUAUCUUGCUGAAGGAGAUUCAUUGCCUGAUUUUCUUGUGUAUAUAUUUGCCAGUUUUCUUUUAACGUGGUCAGAUAAGCUUGUGAAGCUGGAAUUCCAAGAGUUGGUUAUGUUUCUUCAACACCUUCCGACAGAUAACUGGACUCACCAAGACCUAGAGAUCGUGCUUUCAAAAGCGUUCGUGUGGCAUAGUAUGUUCAACAGCUCUCCCAGCCAUUUAGCCAGCUAAAACCAAUUUGUAAUGUUCACUUUGUAUCUGCAGCUUUCGAGUUGUCUCCCUUUUUCCUGUCUAAUUUCCUUUUCGUUGUGCUUUAAUUCGUUUUAUACAAGUGUUCUCUUAUGGUGGAGGACCAUGCUCGUAUAUGUAUCCGGUGUCUCUAAUAUUUGUAUUUUCAAGCAUUUCUUUGUCGAUACGCCUUUUGAUCAAUUGAGGAAAAAGAAAAUUGAUGUA